AUGGCCUCCAACCCCAUUAUCUCUCUUCUGUCCAAGGAGUUGUUAACCGGUGAGAACUUCAUGAGAAGGAAGUCUAAUAUCAACAUAGUGUUGAUUGGCGACAACUCAAAAUUCGUGAUGACUAAAACUGAACAUGACUUUCCCGGAGAGAACGCCUCGAAGGUCGUGAGUGAAAAGUAUGAUCGUUGGACUGCUGCCAACAACAAGGUCAAGGGCUACAUGCUCGCCAGCAUGUCAGAAACGCUAAGGACUAAGAUGGAAGAUGUCAAAACUGCUUACGACAUCAUGGAACAACUCCAAGAAAUGUUUGGGCACAAGUCAGCGCAAGCUAGUUUCGAGGCUACCAAGAAGUAUGUGAAUUGUAGGAUGGCACCUGGCCAACAUGUUCGUGAUCAUUUUAUUAAGAUGACGAACUACUUCCAAGAAGCUGAGUUGCAUGGAGCAACAAUAGAUGAGAAGACUCAAGUUGGAAUCAUGCUUAACAGCCUUGUACCUAGUUUCCUUAUGUUCACCACAAACUAUUUUCUUAACAAGUUGGACUAUGGAAUGACUCAGUUAUUGAAUGAGCUCCAGAUGUAUGAAGGAAUAAAUGGUGGACCGAGUAAAGGACCUGAGAAGAAGGCUGCUACUACCGGGGGUGGGGUGCUCAAGGUGAGGCUAACCUAG